GCUGUUUUAACACAUCCAUUCACAAAAAGGUUCAAGCCUUGAUAUUUUUUUAACAGAGAUAUCUUGUUCGUCUCAAGCCUAGUCAUCUAUCUGAAAUUGUAUUACAUAUGAUACGUACAUUUUUGUUACACAAACGCUUUUGAACAGGAAAACUCAAUAAUAGUCAGUUUAAUAAAAUUUUUUCUAAAAUAAACAAAUAAGUUAUUAUGGAAUGGACAAGAGAAAAAACUUUGAUGCUAAUAGAUGAAUAUCAGAAACGAAGAGGUUUGUGGGACAUGACCCAUGAGGACUACAGAAAAAAGUGCAUAAAACGUCAAUUGUUAAAUGAGGUUGCUGAAAAAGUUAAUAUGAAAGUCCCAACCAAUGAAAUUGAAAAGAAAUUUCACACUCUUCGGACUCAGUAUCAUCGCGAAAUAAACAGAAUGAAGCAGUUUCCCGGCGAUGAGUACAAAUCGAAGUGGUUUGCAUUCAGACACCUGGAAUUUUUAAGUUCCCCAAAAGCUUGUAGAGGUUCGAAAUCAGAUUCUAAGGGAGAAAAAUUAAAUAUCAAAAAAGAAAGUUGCUCGCCAGCGACAUAUAUAAUAAAACAAUUACAACAGGAACAUGAAAGUUCCUACAAUGGAAUGGACGUCAAGCAAGAAACACAGAGGUUGGUUCAGCAUGAUCAGCACUCUACUACAGCCACUGAGUACCUUUCAGUUCCAAAAAAAAACAUUGCAAAUAAAAGAGAUAUCAGUGAAUCUAGGAAAGACUUUGAAAAAUUAAUUCAAGAAACUACCAAAGACGUUGAAGAAAUUGAAGAAGAUAUUGAUCAGUCCGACUAUAAGCUUCGAAUGAAAGCAAUACCAGUUCAAAACAAUUACACUGCACAAAAUAUUCAAACUAUCGAACAUUACAUAGACGAACAAGAUGAGGAUCAGUCAAACACACAGGAUCCUAACAGCAAUGCGUCAAUCUUGCAUCAUGAUGAUAACGAAUAUCAUUCAAAUGCACCGUCCACUAUUAUACGAAUACAAAAAAGGGAUCUAGGUGCUAUUGAUAAGCUUUAUGAAGAUUCUUAUGAAACAAAAAAAACGAAAUGUAACGUUCUGUAUUCUGGAGUUCGAGAUGAAUACGCAAUAUAUGGAGAAUAUGUGGCAAACGAGAUGAGAAUGAUAACAGCAAAAGAAGUUUUAAUCAAUUUAAAACACAAAAUAAAUUUAGCAUUAUUUGAAGCCAAUAUGUCUCAACUUAAUAAAGAGCGUGUUUAAUAAAAAUUUAGUUUUAAAAUAUUCUCAAAUUAAAGAUGAACAGAAUAAUAUUAAAUAUAUCAGAUAGAAGAUA